AUGAAUCCAAUACAAUCAAUCAAUGUUGAAGAAGAAAAGCAAAGACGUAGACUUAAAUGGCAGUGGGAGCAGAAACGAGAUAAGGAGCACGAAAAAUUAAAACGACAGAGAAUCUCAGAAUAUGAAAGAAAACGAGAGGGAGAUCUAAAAGCUGGUAUGCUGUUUAAAAAAUCAGAUGAGUCUACAAGUGGGUCAGUACCUUUAUUCAGAGAUCCUGAGGGCAUACAAAUUAGCACUACUGAACUACGUCGAAUUAAAGUUAAUAUUCGCAGAAAUAUUCCUACAAAAGGAGCUAACACUUUUAAAAAUAUUUAA